ACCACCCUUAAUUCUUUGUUUAAGUUCCUAAAACCAAUUUCUCUGCAUUUUCUCAGUAGAUUUGUUUCGAUUUCGUUUAGACUCAAUCAUCAGCAGCAACAUCAUCAAAAAUCACCAGAUCGCAAGCAAUGGAAAUGUCUACAAACAACAACAUACCCAUCAUCUCAAAAAAAAGCGAAGAAUCAGAGAAAGGGAUAUUGAAAUCAAGAUCAGCAUUGUUUGAUAUAACAAAUGAUUCACCUAUUGUUGGACUUGCAAUUGGGAAUUUAAAAACUCCAUCUUCUACAUUUUCUAAGAAACUAAUGAUCAUUCAAGAUAGCGAAUCGAGACGAGUUACUAGUCCUGGGUCAGGAGAGGCUCUGUUGAGGGGUCAAGUGAAGACCCUUUUGCAAAAAGUUGAAGAAGAGGCUGUGAUUUCAAAGAUUUCAUUUGGACAUAGAAAUUUUGUCAAUUCCCCAAUGCAUAUUCUUGCACCAACACCUUUCAAUACCCCUCAACUUUCUGAAGAUAAUAAUAAUGAUUUGACUAUCUCUCCUGUUGUUACAGAAAGCUUCAAUUUUUCUCAGAUACUUGAUCAGGAAGAAGAUAAUGUAGGAACUUUGGAAAAGAAUCUGAUUACAAAGCUGUUAUUUACGGACGAAAAUGAGGGUUAUGAUUCGUGUUUGGAAAAAGAAGACGAUGAUGAUGAGUCGCUAUGGUCGGUUCAAGUGAAUGCAAGCACAAGUGAUGAUCAUGAAGAUAAUGAAUUGGAUGAGCUUUGUGAAGUAAUGACCAAGAUUUGUGUGAAUGGUGGCAGUGUUGAAUUUAGUGAUGGCGAACUUGAAGGGGACGAUUAAAGGGGUUUUUGCCAUUUGCCAAAGCCGAAAUAAGAGCAUUUUGGUUUGUAAUUGUGUUUUUGAAAGGGGGAAAUGUUGGAUUUCCUGUUGAUGUGUAUCAUCAUUUGAUGACAAUUUGAAGUUGUUUAUAAUAUCUGAUUUGAUUAACUUGUA